AUGAAAAUGUAUCAUGAUGAAGUCGCGGGGGAUCGAUGUGACGAAAUACUCGAAGAGUUCAAGAAGAAAGUCUCAACCCCUGAUACCCUAUGGGCAGUUACGGAGUUCAUGAAAAGCCAUCGACCCAAUACGAAAGCAACAGACCGCACUCGGUCUGCCGGAUUGGGAGCAUUCAAUCUGUGUUUCCGGAUGGAGUUCGAGGAUGGCUUUGCGUCCAUGCUACGCUUUCCUUGCCCUGGUCUGGUCGCGUUUCCAGAAGAAAAGGUCCGAAAUGAAGUCGCCGUAAUGACCUAUCUCAAAAAACAUACCAAGAUCCCUGUGCCCAGUGUCAUCAGCUACGGCAUGAAAGACCAGAGCCCCGGUGGUCUGGGCCCGUUUAUCUUGAUGGAGUACAUUGCAAACGCAAGCGACCGCCCGUUCUUGGACCCUAAUAUUGAGGAGUCCAAGCUCGAGUUCUUCUACGGCCAAGUAGCCGACAUCUUAUUAGAGCUCUCUAAGCCCUCCUUCAAGCGGAUUGGUUCCGUGGCAAUUGGCACAUGGGAUAUCGAUAGCAGACCGUUGACUAUGAACAUGAAUGAGCUGGUUCAAUUGGGGAAUUUCCCUCCUAUCAUGCUCCCGCAGACUUCAUUUUCAACGGCUUCAUCUUAUUACAAGAGUCUAGCUCAGACCGAGUUCUUGCACUUACAGACCCAACGCAAUGAUGCCAUUGACUCUAAAGAAGACUGUCAUUCAAAGUAUAUCACAAAGAAACCCAUCUGUAACUUGACAGAAGACUCCCGACUCGUUGAUACCAGUAAUGAUACUGGUCCAUUCAAGCUCUUCUGCGACGAUUUUCAGUUCACUUACGUCGCACCCCGCGAGUAUACCUUCUCUCCACCCUGGUGGCUACUAUUGGAAAUGCCCGAGGAAUGGCCACAAGGUAUCAUGGAUUGGAAAGAGAAAUACCAACCCCGACUCGAGACAUUUCUUCGAGUGCUCAAGGAUCGCGAGGAUGUCGCCAUAGCGAGUGGCGAUCUGGAAGAAGAUCAACGGCUUUCGGAGAAGAUGUGGGAGAGUUGGAUUAGUGGAGACUUUUGGGUUCAUUAUGGUUUACGGAAGAGCUGGGCCUUUGAUGCUGUUUGGCCGAUGAUGGAUGCGAGGCUCUUCGGUGGGGAUACAUCUCUUGAGAAUUGUGAGAAACUUCUGUGUACGGAGAGGCUGGACAUCUUGAGCGCUGAAGAUAAGAAAGCGAUGGAGCCUUUUGCUCAGGGAAAGCUGAAACAAAUGAAGCUACCGAGGUUGGAUACUUGGGACAAGAUUUAG